AUGUUAUAUCAAAAAACAAUUCAGGUAGGAGUAGAUAGGUUCGUCUAUCGCCCGGUUCGCCUAUCGCCCGGUUCGUCUAUCGCCCGGUUCGUCUAUCGCCCGGUUCGCCUAUCGCCCGGUUCGUCUAUCGCCCGGUUCGUCUAUCGCCCGGUUCGUCUAUCGCCCGGUUCGUCUAUCGCCCGGUUCGUCUAUCGCCCGGUUCGUCUAUCAUUCAGUAGUAACUGGCAACAGGCCAUCUAUGACGCGUUGGAAGUAGUCAAGUGCUGCCUAAUCUUGGUGGCUCCUGCCUACUUUGAGUCGGCCAUGUGUCAAGAGGAAUUCAACAUUGUUAUGACCCGUUGCUUUUCUGAAAAACAGGAAAAUUCGCUAACGCCGAUUCCUGUGUGCAUUGUUGAUGUUGAAUAUGUUCCUGAAUGUAUUAAAAGAAAACGGUUAAAUUUAUCUAUCUUAAUCUGUUCAUAUCUACCUACCUACCUACCUAUCUAUCUAUCUAUAUUCACGGGACUCGAUAUAUAUAGUCACGCGGAUCUAUCUAUAUAUCUUAAUGUGAAACAUCUAUCUAUCUAUCUAUCUAUCUAUCUAUCUAUCUAUCUAUCUAUCUAUCUCAGUCUGUUCAUAUCUAUCUAUCUAUCUACCUAUCUAUCUAUCUAUCUAUCUCAGUCUGUUCAUAUCUAUCUAUCUAUCUAUCUAUCUAUCUAUCUAUCUAUCUAUCUAUCUAUCUAUCUCAGUCUGUUCAUUAUCUAUCUAUCUAUCUAUCUAUCUAUCUAUCUAUCUAUCUAUCUAUCUAUCUCAGUCUGUUCAUAUCUAUUUAUCUAUCUAUUUAUCUAUCUAUCUAUCUAUCUAUCUAUCUUAUCUGUUCAUAUCUAUCUAUCUAUCUAUCUAUCUAUCUAUCUAUCUAUCUAUCUAUCUAUCUAUCUGUUCAUAUCUAUCGUCGAGAACAAAAUUUCAAUCAAGAAUGUAAUGAUGCAAUACAGAGAACAGUUUUUCAACGACAUUUAUUUAAUAGAGAACAAGAAUGUUUUGCGCAAAUCCCCGCUCGCCAAGUGCAACAAUCCCUGCAAUGUACUGUUUUGUUUUGCCCCCGGUGACAUGAAGUUUGCCGCCUAUUUAAUAAAAAUCCUCUUAGAGAACAUGCCUCAGAUGAAGGUCCACUUAUUCGAUACGUCGCAUCAGAACCGGCUUUCCCUGCUGGACGCGACUGACUACAUCGUUAUGUUUGUGUCGCCGGAAUAUUUGUCGACAACAAAUGCGCUGGAAGAACUGACCAUCUGCUUGAACCGUCAAAGGAGGAGUAAGCACCGGAUCCUUCAUUUUGCCUGUACCACGGAGAUCCCCCAGUGUUUAUCGUACCUUCAGAUCCUGCCUUACAGCGUUGUCUUAUCGGAUUCAUUCUGGAUAAAAAUGAAAGCAAAAUAUACGGCGCAAAAAUAUUUCGUUUUGGGUCUGGAAGGAAUUUGUGGGACUUUCACUUGUGCAGAAUAUGAAAUUGCAGCUAUGAGCAAGUUUGCCCAAGAUAUCCUUAGUGCUGUUGUUGAAAGGGAAAAGCCUGGUGAGGACACUGGAAAUCUGUUGAACAUAUUCAAGAUACAGAAAAGAUAUCAGCAGGUUCCGCUGCAUGAAUGCCUGGUGUCCGAGCUUCGAAAUUGCGGAGAAAAUAUAAUUUCAACAGAAAAGAGAAAUACAAAUUCGUGCGAGACACUUGAAGAUAAGACAACGGAAGCCGAUGUCCAUAUUGCAAACAACUCCAACAAUGGAAGCGAAGAUAAAGAAACAUUUAAAAAUGAUGUAAUGCUGCCUGACGAUGACAUAGAAAAAGGCAUCAAUAAGAAAGACAGUAAAGAAGAAAUAGUGACACCUGAGGAUACAUUGAAUUUAUCCGAAGGAAAAAAUGAGUUACCUUUGGAAAAUGAUAACGAAAAUACCUCUACCUUUGUGGCUGGCAAACGAGCUUCGAAAACUGAAGUUAUGUUGGGGAACGAGAGUUUAGAAGAACCGAAUGUAUUGGGAACUGAGAAAAUUAAAGAAGGUGUGACAAACUCAAAACCCAGUGAAUUGGCUGGGGUUAGCGAUAAGAAAAGAAGCCUCACUCCUGAUAAAGAGGCAGCGAAGAAAGAUGGUUUCAAGGACACAGAAAAAGAAGAAAACGUCGGGGUUUCGUUUCCAGACGCAGUCGAUAAUUCAUUUAGAACAGAAAACGAAGAUGGUUUAAGUCAGGGUAAAAACGAAAACAGAAGUAGCUUAAAUAUUAUCUGUGAUCCAGUUAACACUACGGAAACAGACAAUGGAAAAGAUAUAUGCAACGUUCGUUCUAAAACAAACACUGUAAGUAAGGUUAGUAUAUGUAAACUGUUGUGA